AUGCAGAAAUCGUACACUUCAACACCUACUACCAAUCUCAACUCUCAACCGCUGGAGCACUGUGUUUCGUUCAUGAAUCGCAUUUCCGAAUCAUUUGCUGUGAUCAUCAUCUUUGUUUCUCCCCUGGAGUCGGAGAGUAUUAGGGUUGUAAUGAUUACUGUGGCAAUUGGUACCUCCCAAUAUCACGGUGCCAUAAUAAUGCAUCCAUUUGGGGUUUAUAAUAUUCACGUAAUUAAUGAGUAA